UUAACGGACGUUAGGGUGUGAUCGAUGUCUGAGCGCAGUGAAGAUUCGCCUUCCGGCGUUGAUUCUAUUACCGAGAAGAUAACGGAGAAGCUUCACCACCAUGAUUCGUCCUCAUCCUCAUCGUCCGAUUCAGACAACGAGAAAUCAUCCCCCUCGGCCGUCAAAUCGUCCCCCUCGGCCGUCAAAUCGUCGAUUUAUCGGCUUUUUGGGAGGCAGAAGCCCGUGCACAAGGUCUUAGGCGGAGGAACGCCUGCAAAUAUUUUUCUAUGGAGGAACAAGAAGAUCUCUGCAGGCGUUUUGGGUGGGGCCACCAUUCUGUGGGUUCUGUUUGAGUUGAUCGAGUAUCAUCUGCUUACGCUCAUCUGCCACUGCCUCAUAUUCACCCUUGGUAUUCUGUUCCUGUGGUCCAAUGCCUCCACUCUCAUCAACAAGUCUCCACCACGCAUUCCUGAAGUAAGGAUCCCACAAGACAUUGUCCGUGACACUGCCAUCAACCUGGGUUAUGAUAUCAACCAGGGUCUGGCUGCUUUAAGGGAAAUUGCAUCUGGACGGGAUCUGCGGAAAUUUCUUGCUGUAAUUGCUGGCUUGUGGGUCCUGUCGAUUGUUGGGAGUUGGUGCAAUUUCUUGACCUUGUUCUACAUAGUGUUUGUUUUGCUCCACACCGUGCCUGUUCUAUAUGAGAAAUACGAGGACCAGGUUGACUCUUUUGCAGAGAAGGCGAUGGCCGAAUUCAAGAAGCAGUGGGCAGUUUUUGAUGCCAAGGUUCUUAGUAAGAUUCCAAGAGGGCCGUUGAAAGCUAAGAAGGUGGUUUAGAUGGGCGAUAAAGUAUCUUGAGACAAUAGUAGGUUCUGAUAGACUAGCUAGCUUUGUUUUUUUCCGUGUUGUUGUGACUAUCUAUCCAUUGUUGCCUAGAACCCUUUGCUAUUUUCUUUGGCCGUUUUUUGAAGUGAGUGUUGGGGGUUCUCAGUUUGGAUGAAUAUCAUGAAUUUGGUAUCUUGUAGGACCAAUCCAAGUUCUAGCUAUGUGAAUCAUCUUUGAUGUUUA